UCGGGAGAGAGCGAGAAAUGGAGAGGAGGAAGGUUACGGAACUGCCCACCCGUCCGUACGUUCUCACACACAUACGCGGGCAAAGACCCAGACACGCACAUGCGCACACGGAGAGCGCUCCCUACGUGGGGAAUUCACUGCGCGUAUGAAGGAGUUAGGAGAGACCGCCAAGGGACAAAAUCGCACCUACGUGGGCUCCGGACUAACACGGGGGCUGCCUGCGCUUGCGCAGUAAUUGGCGGGAGAUGGGAAGCGGACUCCACGGAUCAUGUGACGGGCAAUUCCGUUUAAGAUGGCGCCGCCCAGGAGCCCCUGGAAGACGCGAGCAUGAUUUAAGACAAAUCCUCCUCCUCCUCGGCCCGGGGCUUCUCAGCUGGAGGCGGAGGCACGGUUUCAAGCCCACCCCAUCCCGCCAUCUCCGCCCAAGCGGCGCGGCCCCACUUAGAGCUUCCUCUUUUUGCCCCCUUUUCUCCCCGCUUCCUGCUCCGCUUUUCAGCCCAGCCUAGGUGACGGACCAGUUUCUGGGCGGGCUGGCGGCAGGGCCCGCGUCCCUCUUCGGCCACCUGAGCCCGGAUGAAGAGCCCGACCCCGGGGCCCCCGAUCCGACCCUCCCUUCCGUCCAGGGCGGCCGCCUUCGCACUUGGCCAGGGGUCCAGGGAGGGGCAGUGCCUCGUAACCGAGUCCGGGUCUGAAGCGGGGAGAGGACGCGCGUUGCCGGCGGUGUGAGCUCCAGGCGGAGGAAUCAGGGGGCUGAGCAGCUACUGGUGCGGUCUCGUCUCUGUCUCCUGCGGUCUGCGGUUUCGUAAUUAUCUGUAAUUUAUUAGGAAGCGGCCCCGCCUUGUCCGACAGUCCCAGCUCCUGGGGCACUGCAGAGGCUGGUUCAGACGCCAACGUCUGGGGAAGCGAGAGGGAUGCCAGGUCGCGAAGCUGAGACUUCGCUCCGUCCGGUUCUGAUUUUUCACUUGAACAACCCGAGCCGUUGCAUUUUCAGUUUUUGUUGGGCUAGGAGCGCUCUUGCGUGCCAGCAUGCAAGAAUGGGGCCCUGCAGGGAACUUUAGAGGGAGGCUGGUAAGGGAGAAGCAUCGCUGUGUUAGCGGUCUUGCUUGUUAAUCUGCGACUGAAUCCAGUUUAGAAAAGUGAGGAAGUUGAAUUUCCAGGAGUUGAAAAAAUGGGAGAUGAUGAAAGGAAGUUAGUGACAGAAGAAAGAGAAGAAAUAACUCCCCAAUUACAGGAACUUAAUGCCAGCAUUCACUGCGAUGGUGGCACUAUCAUGGAGCAUUCUAAGUCUGUUCCUUGUGGAUGGGAAAGGAUUGUCAAACAAAGAUUAUCUGGAAAAACUGCUGGAAAAUAUGAUGUUUAUUUUAUCAGUCCUGAGGGAGUGAAGCUUAGAUCCAAAAGUUUACUUGCAUGUUACCUUCAUAAAAGUGGAGAGACUUCUCUUAAGCCAGAAGAUUUUGACUUCCGGGCCCCUCCCAAGAGUGACACUCCUUCAGGACUCCCACAUGCCAGUAAGGAAGCUCUGGCAGCCCAGUUCCAGGGGGAGCAGAGCUGCCUGAGCCCAAAACAAAAGCUGAGGACGCCUCACAGGAAAGAGAAAGAUGCACUUCCUCUCCCAUGUAAGGUUUCACAGGUGCAGGACCAGAAUAGCGAACUGUCUCGCUUCACUUCCAAGCCAAGGCUCCAGAAGGGUGCUGAUGUCAGUGACUCCCAGAAUCUGAAAACACCCACAGGAAAGGCAACAGCUACAAAAGGGAGUCACAUGAAGGAAGCUAAGAAAAGGGCCAGAAAAGGUCAUUCUGGCUGCAGUCAGAGACAGAAAAGGGCAGCAUCUGGUAAAGGAGCUAUUUCCAUUGCACAAGACAAGCACCUUGAGAAACCCCUUUGCUGUUCUGAUGACAGAAUGAGUAACAUGAAUAUAAAAACGACAGAGGAAGAAGAAAAAGAACUGAUAAAUAAAAUAUAUGCUUCAGGCUCACAUGCCCAGAUGCAUACUGCACAUGGAACUUGUACAGAAAAUGCAUUAGGUGCCAGUGAAGUUUCAGAAUAUAAAGAAAAGAGUGGGCGUACUUCUGGAGGAUCUGAAAAGACCUUUAUAGAAACUGGAGAAAAAAAGGAACAUUUGCAUGCUGACAUUUUAAAAUGUAAUUCUGAAAUAGACAGUAGCAGCUCCCAGGAUGAAAAAGAUUUGACUUUUGUGCCGACAUUUCAAGAAAACAUCAUCCAGCGACCACAAGUGGAGAGAAGGAAAACCAGCCAGUAUUUCUCCAACAAAUAUAACCAAGAAGCCCUUAGUCCACCUCGACGGAAACUGUUUAAAAAGUGGACUCCCCCUCGGUCCCCUUUUAAUCUUGUCCAGGAAACACUCUUUCACGACCCAUGGAAGCUCCUCAUUGCUACUAUAUUUCUCAAUAGGACUUCAGGCAAGAUGGCAAUACCUGUGCUCUGGGAAUUUCUGGAGAAGUACCCUUCAGCCGAGGUGGCGAGAGCUGCAGACUGGAAGGAAGUGUCCGAGCUGCUCAAGCCUCUCGGGCUCUACGAUCUCAGAGCCAAAACCAUCAUCAAAUUCUCAGAUGAAUAUCUGACCAAGCAGUGGAAGUACCCGAUCGAGCUGCAUGGGAUUGGAAAAUACGGCAAUGACUCCUACAGAAUUUUUUGUGUCAAUGAGUGGAAGCAGGUGAGGAACCUCCAUAGCCACAGCCUUAAGGAGCGCCACUCCCUUCAACCAAAGGUCCAUCCUCAAGACCACAAGUUAAAUAAAUAUCAUGACUGGCUCUGGGAAAAUCAUGAAAAACUAAGUCUUAGUUAAAAAGACUUAACUUUUUAAAUAAAUUUCUGAAUGCAUCAGACCUCGAUUUUUGAGGAACAUGGAGUCAUCACAAGUGCUCGGCCCGCUCUCAGCCUGUACAGAUGUAAAUCAUUGACAACAUGAAUGGGACUGGACUACACAAAUUGUAUUAAAUAGUAGCUGUGCUCUUCUUCAUGGCAUUUGUAACCUAAUGUGCUGGAAAAAUGCUUUGAUUCUUUUUUAAAUAAAGUGAUCAAAUUCA